AUGCCCGUCCCCACAAAGCAAAGAGACCUCAUUGACCCCAGCGCCCUCCGGGUCCUUAUCACAGGCUACGGCCCGUUCCGCGGGUUCCCCGUCAACCCCUCCUGGCUCGCCGUCAAGCCCCUGCACAACCGCACCAUCCACUCCCUCAACGCGCACCCGCGCCCCGUCCACAUCACCGCGCUGCAGCUCCCCACGUCCUACGCCGCCGUGCUCGCUGCCGCGCCCGGGAUCCACGCCCGCCCGCCCGCGCUCCCCAAGUCGCUCGACCCGUCGUGCGUGCCGGCGCCCCCGCCGCGCGGCGGGUACGACCUCGUGCUGCACGUCGGCGUCGCGGGCCCCGGUGCGAUGCGCGUCGAGCAGCGCGGGCGCAAGCACGGGUACAACUCGCCCGACGCGGACGACGAGCUGUGCCCCGUCGCGCUGGACGGGGCGCCGCCCGUGCGCGGCUUCGGCAAGGGCUACGAGGAGUUCCCGGACGAGAUGUACACGCCGGUGGACUGCGCGAAGCUCAUCGAAUACCUGAAGGACAUGGGCAUCUCGGACGUCGUUCCGUCGUCUAACGCUGGUCUGUAUCUAUGUGAGUUCAUAACGUACGGCUCGCUCGCGGAGGCAGAGCGGGCGGCUGCGCAGGGCAAGAAGGAGACCCCCGUGCUGUUUAUGCAUAUACCACCCGUCGAGCAGCCGCUGUCGACAGAGUAUUGCACGGAGGCGUUGCGCCGCUCUAUUUCCUGGAUCUGUAGUCAAUGGUAA